CGUUUUACUUCUUUUAUUAAAUGACAAGCAAACGAAUAUCACCUUGUUCACGUUAAUUAUACUUCAUACCGCAUACACGAACUUCAAGAAAUAAUGUUGCGAUCCGUGAAUCAUUUGCCGCGAUUUAUCGCAAGGAGUAAUCGAUUUCCUUCGCAAACCCAGUAUCUGAAGCAGAAAAGUGGUCGGUAUUUUCACGUAAACUUCAGUCCAGGUCAGGAAAAAGUGCAAUGUGGUACAGACACGAAUAAUUAUCCCGUGAUAGAUCAUUGUUACGAUGUUGUGGUUGUGGGCGCGGGUGGUGCAGGAUUGAGAGCCGCCUUUGGUUUAGGAAGUAAAGGGUACAGAGUGGCAGUGGUUACAAAAUUAUUUCCAACGAGAUCUCAUACCGUGGCCGCUCAGGGAGGAAUAAAUGCCGUCCUUAAUAACGAUAAGGAUGAUAAUUGGCUUUAUCACAUGUACGAUACCGUUAAAGGAUCUGAUUGGUUAGGAGAUCAGGAUGCGAUACAUUUUCUAGCGAGAGAGGCAGCACGAGCCGUCUACGAACUUGAAAAUUACGGCUGUCCUUUCAGUCGUACGGAAGAUGGAAAAAUUUACCAGCGUGCAUUCGGUGGUCAGUCGUUAAAAUUUGGAAAAGGUGGUCAAGCCCGUAGAACUUGCGCCGCUGCAGACAGAACCGGCCACGCAAUACUGCACACUUUAUACGGGCAAAGUUUACGUUAUGACGUCCAUUAUUACGUAGAAUACUUUGCUCUUGAUCUUCUUAUGAUCGGACGAUGCUGCAAAGGCGUAAUGGCAUGGGAAUUAGAAUCCGGGCUUUUGCAUCGAUUCAGGGCUCAUCAUACGGUAUUAGCAACAGGAGGAGCGGGAAGAUGUUACCUCUCUUGCACCGCGGCUCAUACAUGCACCGGAGAUGGUCUUGCGAUAGCCUCCAGAGCAGGAUUGCCCCUUGAAGAUAUGGAGUUUAUCCAGUUCCAUCCAACCGGGAUAUACGGGAGCGGAAUUUUGAUAACGGAGGGCGUCCGAGGGGAAGGUGGAAAGUUAGUGAAUUCUCAAGGAGAAUUCUUUAUGGAACGAUACGCUCCGAACGCCAAGGAUCUUGCAUCUCGUGAUAUCGUCUCCAGGGCGAUAACGAUGGAAAUAUUGGAAGGAAGAGGUGUAGGUUUGAAGAAGGAUCAUGUAUACCUGCAAUUGCAUCACCUACCAUUAGAAACGAUACGAACACGAUUACCUGGAAUUUCACAUUUAUCUUGGGUGUUCAGCGGCGUGAAUGUGGAAAAAGAGCCGAUACCAGUUAUUCCUACGGUACAUUACAACAUGGGCGGUAUACCCACAAACUGGAAAGCGCAGGUUAUAUCGCGUGAGAACGAGGAGGACACCAUUAUCGAUGGACUCUGGGCAGCAGGUGAAACUGCAUGUGUAUCUAUCCAUGGCGCCAAUCGAUUAGGUGCCAACAGCCUUUUGGAAUUGGUCGUUUUUGGCAAAGCAAUUGCCGAUCAAAUUGAUUGUUUAACGAGGCCUGGUGAACGUCACGAGGAUUUAUCAACCUUGAUUGGCGAAGACACUAUUUGCCGUUUCGACGCGACACGUCAUGCAAAAGGUUGUGUUCCUGUAGUCGAACUACGGGAAGAAAUGCAGCAAACUAUGCAGAAAUAUUGUUCAGUAUUCAGAACCUGCGAUACAUUACAACGAGCAUGUCGCGAGAUGACGCGACUUUAUACCUGCGAUUUGCCGGAUCUAUGUGUUCAAGAUCAAUCACUAAUAUGGAACACAGAAUUAGUAGAAGCUAUAGAAUUACAAAAUAUGAUGUUGUCUUGCAUGCACAUCGUUUAUGCAGCGGAAAACAGAAAAGAGUCUCGAGGAUCGCAUGCCCGUGAAGAUUUCAAAGAACGAGUCGACGAGUAUGAUUAUGCGAAACCGAUCGAAGGUCAAAAGAAACGAUCGUAUAAAGAACAUUGGCGCAAACACACACUUACGUGGGCCCGACCAGAUGGUUCAAUCAGCAUUUCUUAUCGUCCCGUUAUCGAUACGACACUGGACGAAUCAGAAGCCCGACACGUUCCACCAACAGUUCGAAUAUAUUAAAUACGGUUAUGAAACUGGUAGAUUUUUUCCAAUCUUUUUCCUUGUUUUUUUCGUCUGAUUCUAUUCUAUUUUUUAAAUUAACGCAUUAUCAAUGGCUAACAUUGUUCGUGUUAGUGUGACUGAUAAUUUAAAUAUGAGCUCAGUUCGUUAUCUCGAAAUUACAACGACAAACAUAUAGAUUUCGUCGUUUGUAGAAGGUUCGUGAAUUCCAUAUAAAUUUUGUUCAUCGCAAACGAUGUUACAAUAAUUAAUUCUAAACGGAGGCAGGAAUUUAUCCAUUUUAUUUACAUAUUAAAUAGCCAAUCAAACGGAAUUAUACAUAUAUGUCUUGAAUUAUACAUAUAUGUUUCCGAAUGAAAGUCAUUUUUUCCUGCUGUUUACGAUUACUUUCGAACAUUAUAGUAUAAUUAAAAAUUAAUACUCGUUCUAAAUAUUUUCAACAAAAUAUUUUCAAAAAAAAUAUUUUCAACAUUUUCAAAGGUGAAAAUGAUUAUUUGGAAAUUUUACAUCGAUUUGUUAUAUUUCGUAAGAUCGAAUCAUUGAUGAAUAAUUGAUAUGCAUAAAAAACAUGCAUGACGUUAUUACAUUCUAUAUUACUUAAUUACAUUCGAUGUAAAUGCAACGAAGUUAUAUAAUUAAAAAUAUAUAUAAUAUAAUUUUACGAUCUCAUUGUAUCGGAAAAAUGUAGCAAUUUCAAAUAUAUUAAUCUAAAAAAUUUUUAAUUUUUUUCUUGUAUCUUGUGUUGUAUUUUGAUUUGUAAAUUGAGUUUUUCAAAUAUUAUUUAAUUUAUUAUAUAUUUUAUAUAUUAUUAUAUCUUUAUAAACAAAUGAACAAAAUUUUUUAAUAAUUACUUACUAUUAAAAUAUUAUAUAAAAUAUAUUCAUAAAAUAUUUAAAAGAUUUAUAUUAUUUAUAAGCUUAGCCAUGAACACCUACACUAACUAUAUACGUGGAAGUUAAUCUGUUUCAUAAAUUAUUCCUAUAGCAACACUAAUACUUGAAUUGUUAUUGUGUUAGUAGCAUCUGGAUGAAAGAGAAACCUGCUAUGUAAUACCCCACCAUAUAUAAAGUUUAUCUAUGUAUGUAGAGACGAGCCCACAAAGAAUCAACCAAUAGGGAAGCAAAAUAUACAUCGUACCGCCAACCCUGGAGCACGAUAAAUCUUUUUCAUUUUUUUCUCCGCGUGCAACAGGAAAUAAAGCUCGGUUAAGCACCGUUAGUGACUAUGUUAACAACUUUGUAAAAUGUGAAUUUUACAAAAUCAAUAUCGUGAAAUUUAAAAUAUAAUGAUAGAUUUUGAAUAUUUUAAAACUCUUUAAAAUUCAUUUCAAAAUCGAUUUACAUAGAAUCAUUAUUUCAUUAAAUAUGAUUAAAUUUAAAAUCUAAAAUAUAACGGCUGUAUACAUAUAAAUAAUAUUAUUUUUAUAUUUAACAACGAAGCUUUAUAGUUUUUAACUAAUAUUAAUUCUUAUAGAAGUUUAUUAAUUUUAUAUUUAAAAUUUUUAGCUUUUUUCAUUUAAUUUUUAUUACUGAAAUCAUAGGUAAAUAUAUGAUAUACAUUACUAAAAUUAGUACUAGAGUACUUUCCCUUUAGAACCCACGCAAUUCACAGCUAUGUAUAUAAUUUUAAAAUACCGUUAACACCCCAUCAUAUGUAAAGUGAAAUGAGAACCGCUUAAUUUUUUCGCGGUAUCAUUUAAUUUUCCCGCCUAUAGUUAGCUACUAUUCAUAAUAUUACGUUCAAAAUUCCAAAAGAUUAAGAAUUAAUAUUAAAACAAUUAUAUGUUGUUAAUGUUAAAAACAAUCAAGACAUAUAAAUAAUAAAUAAUGAAAUGGAAAUUUAAAAUUAGUGAGAGCCUUAAAGGUGAGGUUAUCUUAUAACGAUAGAAUUGGCAGCACUGGUAUUCAUCAGGGAGCUUCCACCAGUAGUCGGUACUCAACCGACUCGAACGUUUCACAUCGCCGUGCAAGAAGUGCGGGAGUGAAAUAAUAAAAAUUAGGGUUAGUUACACGAUAUAAUCGAAUCGCGCAUUUGACAAAUAAGUGCGCGUGUAAUUAUUAAUAACAAAAAUUUUCACUUGAACAGGUGACAUUAUAUCAAAAUGAGUGGUCUAUUAAAGCUGUCGUCUUUACUAGUGAGAAAUCCUCCCACAACGACGUUG